CCCUUGCUUGCAGCUGCCUCCUGUUUCAGCCCUACGCUCCUGGAGCUGCCAGAGGCUCGCGGAUCUCGGAACGCAUCCCACCGCUGAGGCUGCCGCCGUGGCAUGGGCACCGCGGGCCUGCUCUGGGUUUUCUUGGCUCUCCUCACGCCUAGGGUCCUCGGUCAGUGUAAGUUCCUGCCAAGGUAUCCUUUUGCUAAGCCAAAAGUUCAGAGUAAUCAGUCUGAGUUUGCUAUUGGGACAUCUUUGGAAUAUGAAUGCCUUCCUGGGUAUAUCAAAAGGUCAUUCUCUACCACCUGCCUAGAGACCUCCGAGUGGUCAGAUGCUCAGCAAUACUGUAAACGUAAAUCAUGUGUAAGUCCUGGAGAACUCCUCCAUGGCUCUGUCCUCACACACAUGAAUAUCGAAUUUGGGUCUACAAUUACAUAUUCUUGUAACAAAGGAUACCGACUCAUUGGUGACUCAUCUGCUACAUGUAUUAUCUCAGGCAAUACUGUAACCUGGGAUAAGGACAUGCCUUUAUGUGAAUCUAUUCCUUGUGAGGCACCCCCAGAAAUCUCCAAUGGGAACUUUUCUAGCAGCAGUAGAGAGAAUUUUUACUAUGGAAUGGUGGUGACUUAUCAGUGCCAUGUUGGACAGAAUGGGGAAAAGUUGUUUGACCUUGUGGGUGAGAAGUCAAUAUAUUGCACCAGCAAAGACAAUCAAGUUGGCAUCUGGAGUGGCCCUCCUCCUCAGUGUAUUAAUCUAGUCAGAUGCCCAAUUCCAGAAGUUGAAAAUGGAAUUAUAGAAUUUGGAUAUAGACGUUCAUUUUCCUUAAAUGAUACUUUGAUGUUUAAGUGUAAGCCUGGCUUUACCAUGAAAGGCAGCAACACAGUAUGGUGCCAACCAAACAGUAAAUGGGAUCCUCCACUGCCAAGGUGCUUCAAGGGGUGUCUACCACCUCCACAUAUCCACCAUGGUAAUUAUAACAAAAUGGAUAAGGAAUUCUUUGCAAUUGGACAGAAAGUGUCCUACAGCUGUGAGCCUGGCUACAGUCUCAUUGGAGCUAACGCUAUGCAGUGUACAUCCUUGGGAACCUGGAGCCAUACAGCCCCCAAAUGUGAAGUGGACUCAUGCGAUGCCAUUCCAAACCAAUUUCUCAACGGCCAGGUGGUGGCUCCUCCUAAUCUCCAGCCUGGGGCAGAGGUUUCUUUUGUUUGUAAUGAGGGGUACCGGUUAAGUGGCAAAUCUUCUAGUCAGUGUGUCUCAGAAGGGAUGACAGUACGCUGGAAUAAUAAGUUUCCCGUCUGUGAACGGAUUUCUUGUGACCGUCCUCCUGAAAUAAAAAAUGGUCAUACCAGUUCUGUUACUGUCCCUGUACCUAUUAAUACUGUUGUGAGGUACAGGUGUUUGCCUAACUACCGCCUCAUUGGAGAAAGAAGCCUUUUUUGUAUUAGUAGAGACCAAGUGAAAGGAACCUGGGAUAAAGAUGCUCCUAUAUGUGAAUAUUUCAACAGGCGGUCUACUUGCCCUGAGCCCAUAGUACCAGGGGGAUACAAAAAUAAAGUAUCUAGGCCACCAUACAGACAUGGUGAUUCUGUGACAUUUACCUGUAACACCAACUUCACCAUGAAAGGAAACAAGACUGUUUGGUGCCGAGCAAAUACAAAAUGGGGACCAACACCACUACCAAUUUGUGAGAGUGAUUUCCCCCUGGAGUGUCCACCACUUCCCAUGGUCCUCAACGGAAAUCACACAGGAAACAAUGUUGGCCCCUUUGUCCCUGGAUCGUCUGUGAAUUACCACUGUGAACCCGGUUACUUGCUUGUUGGAGAAAAAAACAUUCGUUGUUUGUCUUCAGGAGCCUGGAGUGCUGUCAUUCCAAAAUGUGAAGAAGCACGGUGUGCACCUCCAAGUCCAUUAGUCAAUGGGAAGAUAAAGGAGCCUUCAAGUCUUCAGGUUGGCGUAACUGUGAGCUUUUCCUGUAAUGAAGGGUAUAGAUUAGAGGGCCUACCUUCUAGUCAGUGUGUAAUUGCUGGACAGAAUGCUUUAUGGACCAAGAUGCCAGUGUGUAAAGAAAUUCUUUGCCCACCACCUCCUUCUAUUCUCAAUGGAAGACAUACAGGCAACCCUUCAAUGAACGUUCCAUAUGGGAGCACAGUCACUUACACCUGUGACCGGGGCCCAGAGGAAGGAGUGGACUUCAUCCUGACUGGGGAGAGCACGAUCCGUUGUACCAAUGAUAGUCAGAAGACUGGGACCUGGAGUGGCCCUGCCCCACGCUGCAAACUUUCUAUUUCUGGGAUUCAGUGUCCACCUCCCCAGAUCCUUAGAGGCCAAAUACUGUCUGGGCAGAAAGAUCAAUAUUCAUAUAACAACACUGUGGUAUUUGCUUGCUCAUUUGGCUUCACCUUGAAAGGUAGGAAGGAAAUACGAUGUAAUGGCCAAGGCAUCUGGGAGCCAUCCCCACCAGUCUGUGAAAAGGAGUGUCAAGCUCCUCCUAAAAUCCUCAAUGGGCACAAGGAAGAUGGACACAGAACCCUCUUCGAACCUGGAACAUCUAUAAAAUAUAGAUGUGACCCUGGCUAUGUGCUGGUGGGAGAAGAAUCCAUACAUUGUACCUCUGUGGGGGUGUGGACACCCACUGCCCCCAAGUGCAAAGUGGCAGAGUGUGAACCUAUAGGAAAACAUCUCUAUAGAAAACCCCAGGCUCAAUUUAUUAGACCAGAUGUUAAUUCUUCUUGUGAUGAAGGGUACCGGUUAGGUGAGAGUGUUUAUCAGCUUUGUCAAGGCAUGAUUCCUUGGUUUAUGGAGAUUCGUCUUUGUAAAGAAAUCACCUGUCCACCGCCCCCUGUUAUCUACAAUGGGAGACACACAGGCAGUUCCUCAGAAGACAUGCUGUAUGGAACCACAGUCACUUAUACGUGUGACCCUGGGCCUGAGAAAGGAGUGGAAUUCAGCCUCAUUGGGGAAAACACCAUCCACUGUAUAAGCAACAGUGAAGAGAGAGGCAUCUGGAGUGGCCCUGCUCCUCUGUGUAAACUUUCCCUCCCUGCUGUUUGGUGCUCAUAUGCCAGCAUUGCAAAUGGACACAAGAUAUCUGGCAAGGAAGCUCCAUAUAUCUACAAUGACAGUGUGACAUACGAGUGUGAUGAUGGAUUUACUUUGAAGGGCAGCAGUCAGAUUCGUUGCAAAGCCAAUAACACCUGGGAUCCUGAAAUACCCAUGUGUGAAAAAGACUGCCAGCCACCUUCUGGGCUCCUCCAUGGUCAGCACACAGGUGGAAACGGGGUCCUCUUUGUCUCUGGGAUGACUGUAGACUACACCUGUGACCCUGGCUACUUGCUUGUGGGCAGCAAAUCCAUUCAGUGUAUGUCUUCAGGAAAUUGGAGUCCUUCUGCCCCUCGGUGUGAAGAGGCACCAUGUCAGCCUGUGGGAGAAGAUGUUCAAGAGCUUCCAGGUGAUUUCCCUGUGAUUCCAGUUAAUACAUCCUGUCAUGACGGGUACCAGCUGACUGGACAUUCUUAUCGGAAGUGUCAAGAUGGUGAGAAUGGGGUUUGGUUCCAAAAGAUUCCACGCUGUAAAGCUAUUCACUGCCCACCUCCACCAGAGACUGACAAUGGGAGGCACACCGGUGUGAUGGCAGAACACUUUCUGUAUGGAACUGAAAUUUCUUAUGAAUGUGACCAAGGAUUCUCUCUUCUGGGAGAGAAAACUAUACGAUGCAUAAGUGAUUCUAAAGGACAUGGAUCUUGGAAUAGACCACCCCCACAGUGCUUAAAACCUCAUCCUGUGACCCAUUGCUCUAACCCAGAAGUCAAACAUGGAUACAUACUCAAUAAAACUCAUUCAUCAUAUUCCCACAAUGACAUUGUAUAUGUUGCCUGCAACCCCGGCUUCAUCAUAAAUGGCAGUGAGCUGAUUAAGUGUCAUACCAAUAACAAAUGGGUGCCAGGUGUACCAACUUGUAUCAAAAUGGCCCUCAUAGGAUGUCAACCUCCAUUUAAGAUCCCCAAUGGGAAUCACACUGGUGGCGAUACAGCUCGAUUUUAUGCUGGAAUGUCAGUCCUGUACAGCUGUGACGAAGGCUACCUGCUGGUGGGAGACGCACGCCUUUAUUGCACACGUGAGGGAACCUGGAGUCACCCUGCCCCUUUUUGUAAAGAGGUAAACUGUAGCUUCCCAGAGUAUAUGAAUGGAAUGCAGAAGGGGCUGGAGUCUGGGAAAAAGUAUCAGUAUGGUGCAAUUGUUACUUUGGAGUGUGAAGAUGGGUAUACCCUGGAAGGCAGUCCCCAGAGCCAGUGCCAGGAGGAUCAUGGAUGGAACCCUCCCCUGGCUGUUUGCAGAUCACAAGGCUCGCUUGCUCCUCUUCUUUGUGGUCUUUCUGCAGGUUUUGUGAUUCUUAUCUGCUUGAUUGGUGUCGUCUUACACAUGAUAUUAAAAUACAGAGUACACCAUUAUUAUACAAAUAAACACCCUACAAAAGAAGAUCUUCAUUUAGAAACACGAGAAGUCUAUUCUAUUGAUCCAUACAACCCAGCAAGCUAAUCAGAAGAUAAACUGUGUGCCUUCUUGCUUGGAAUCCAGCUGAAUGUGGAUUGGAAAGAAAGCAUUUGAACAUCAGCAAGUAAUUAAUUCAAUAUGAAUGAAACGAUUUCAUAAGCUAUUUCUUCCUAUUUGCACUUAUUUUGAAGCAAAACAAAGAAAGUUUGCUUGAUGGUAAAGAUGGGAGCCUGGUUUCACUGCCACCUGCUCUUCAAGGCGUUUUUGAAGCAUCACCUGUGAUGUGCCUGGAGCCAGGCUGGGGCUAUAAUCAAUUAUGUAGCUCUGAAAGUGUCACCGUUUUAAGGAAGGAACUAAAAUGAACUGUCCUUCUAUGUAGACUCUUCUUUUUGUAAUUAGCAUGCUUACUGUUACCAUAUACUUUUGGUUAUGGUGUGGUUUUAAUUCCCUGUGGCUAGUACGGGCAUACCUUUGUUGGGAAGUCUGAUUUUAUUUUAAUAUGGUUAAACAUGUAUUUUCAGAUAUGGUUAAACAUUUCACUUCUAUUUCCACUUGGUUUGAAUUUUUCUCAUAUUGCCUUUGGUUAUUGGGUAUUUGGCAAAGUGUAUUGGCUUAUUUGUUACCUUUCCAUAAUCACCCAGUAAUCAUAAUUUGCACAAUUUUUUAAGUUAUGGAGGUCAAGUUUCAAUUCUAACAUUUUUGUAUGCAAUCAAUCUGUAGAUAUUUCCUUGGCAGUUUUGUCAGAAGCUCUAGUUGCUUGUAAAAUGUCACUUGAUAAUAUGUACAUUAGUUAUUCAAAUAAAUUUUAUCUUAAAAAACA